GGCUGCGGAGGGAAUGCCAACCGCUUCGGGACCCAAGAGGCCUGUGAGCGCCACUGCUCACCCCAGGUGGCCCAGAGCCAGGGAACAGCGUGACCACGAUGCCCAGGGGCCCUCUGCUGGUACUGACUGUCCUGGCGCUGGGUGGAGUCCUGGCUGUCCCGGAGACCCACACCCCAGCUGCCCAGCUCCUCCCUCAGGACAGUCUUGGGACCACUGCCCGCCCUGCCGCCUCGGAGAGCCACACCCCCUCGGCCACCACCCCAGGCCCGUUGGCUACCAGGGCCUACUCCAGCCCCAGCCCCCGCCGUGGCCCACGCAUUACCCUGUCGCUGGAUGUCCCCCUUGGCCUCCUGCACAUCUUACUGGAACAGGCCCGGGCGAGGGCUGCCAGGGAGCAGGCUGUCGCCAACGCCCACGUCCUGGCCCACGCCGGCCGCUGAGCCUCAGGGAGCAGCUCACGAUGACUUCGUGACACUGGCGGGCGAUCCGGGAGACGGCCACCCAGCUGGCCAGUACUGGGCGGAGGGUCCAGAUGCCGCCGCAGGGGCACGGCCAUGUGUCCUGCCAUGUCUGAGUGCCACUCCGGUUCAUGCUUGUCUGGGCAGCCUGGACGUUGCCUCUGCGUGACUCACGUGGAGUCUGGUCACACUGAUGUGCCCGCAGACUCAAUGUCUGGCUAGAGCCCAGACCCUGCCACGAGGGGCCUUGCCGUGUCCGGGUGCCCACAGUGCGGAUCAUCAUGGUGUCACCUUCAGGUUCCUCAGCCCAAGAGUUCACCCCGCUGCUGAGGCCAGCCUGCCCAAGCCCCACAGGCCACCGCGGGAAGAGCUGGCAGCGUCACUUUCGCCUUCUAUGUUCCAGAAGCUGGUCUCUAGCCCAGAGGCAUGGGCCGUCAGUCGACUGGGCACAGAUGGCCAUGCUUGGACAGUCUGCGAUGUGGCGGCCUUCCUGGGGGACGUGCGGACUGCUCCCAUGAGUCUCAGGGCUGGAGACCUGAGCAGGCUGUGGGCAUAUGGGCUGGGAGGGGCCGGCAU